UCCGGAAAAUAGCCCGAAGUUCCUUAUCCCUUGCCGCACAUACUAAGAGUCUCGCCAUGUCACCUGGGAAGCCAGCGAAAGCCAUCAAAAUCAAAGUCCCGCGCCAUGGUGCCCAAAGGAUAGGCGCAAAAUUUUCUGCACACGUUGAAAUGCUAGCGAGGAAAGAGAAAAUUCGUGUAGUCACUCACCAGCCUAACUAUGACUCAAAUAAUAUCAUAGCUCAGGCUAUCGAGUCUGCAUCCGAGUGGAAUUCACUGCUUAUUACAGCCCGUGCUCAACGUGGACCACAGUGGGAUGUUGGAACUCAACAAUUUCAUGUAGACCAAGGGUCUGACCUAUACUACGACUCGUCUCCACUGUUGGAGUAUCAGAAACAGCAACGCGAGGAAGAAAAUGCCGCCCGAACCUCAAUGCAGCCUCCCGAUUUUCGUGCACACGAUCCUUCUCGUAUUACUCGAAAUCACUCGACCUCUUCAAAUCAUGCCUACCCAUAUGCAUCUCCGGGCAUGUCUCAAAUAAAUCCACGUCAUCCAAAUCUUGGGGGUUACUCGAAUGUCUCAUUCAAUGGCAUUCCACCCAGUCACUUCUACGGUCCUGGAGCGGAUGGGGCUUCUCCUGCGAGGAUGGGUAUGAGAGACAGCAUGGGUACCAGCAUGUCUCCAGAUGUGAGGAGAAGGUCAGCAAGAGGCAUGCCAGAUGAUGGAUUCAUUCAACUGCAUGGACCGUAAUCGCACACGACCAUUGAUUCCCGCGUAUGUUAUUCAGUUCUUUGUA